AACAACAGUCCACCUGAAACGAAUAUUGACUGACCGGUCUUCUUCCUCUAGGUUUUCUUCACCAACUUUCACUCCUUGUUCUCUCCGUUCAUCUUCCUCCUCAAACCCCUAAAUUUCAACCACCGGAAAAAGAAAAUCUCUUUUUGAACUUUUCUUACCACAACCCAACAAUUCGGCGCAGCAACCGAUUAUUACAACCAACGAACGAGACAACCCAUUUGAUGUUUCGAAGUGGGGAAAUUUGGAAUUUGUUUCUUGUGGUUUAACUUUGGAAGGCAUUUUAGGUAUAAGAGUUUGAUGUUGGCACUAUGCAUUCAAGAUUAGUGGUUAUGGAGGACAGCAAGGAUUUUGGCUCUGUAGUUAGAAUUAACCAAAUGAGAUAUUAUCCUACAAUGAGGAUUCUUCAAUUCUUCUUGAUGUUUAUAGUGCUGGGUCUUGGUGUUUCGAUUAUUAGUAUGAAUACCUUUAGAUAUUUUGGAGUUCGAAGUGCUGCCCCUGUAGUACCAUCCGUGAGUAUUGUUCAGCCUCGCUUGGAGGAGCCAAGUGGCAAUGGCAUAGAUAGUUGGAUUAAGACUCCUUCAGAUCUUCUUCACAGCAUGAGUGAUCAAGAGCUAUUAUGGCGAGCUUCCUUUGUUCCUCAAGUAAAAGAGUAUCCCUUCAAGAGAGUUAGCAAGAUUGCCUUUAUGUUUUUGACGAAAGGGCCUUUGCCUAUGGCCCCUCUUUGGCAACGGUUCUUCAAGGGUCAUGAAGGGCUUUAUUCCAUUUAUGUUCAUACUGCACCCUCAUACGUUGCUGACUUCCCACCUUCAUCAGUGUUUUACAGAAGACAGAUCCCAAGUCAGGUUGCAGAGUGGGGCGAGAUGAAUAUGUGUGAUGCUGAGAGGAGACUGCUAGCUAAUGCAUUGCUAGACAUCUCCAAUGAGUGGUUCAUUCUCCUGUCCGAGUCUUGUGUCCCUCUCCACAGCUUUCCUACAGUCUACCACUACAUUGCAAGAUCCCGCUACAGCUUUGUAGAUUCAUUCGAUGAGCAAGGACCCUAUGGAAGAGGACGCUAUAAUAGGAAGAUGGCACCUGAGAUUAACAUCACUGACUGGCGCAAAGGUUAUCAAUGGUUUGAAGUCAAUCGGGAACUUGCAGUGAAGAUAGUUAAAGAUAAAACGUACUACCCUUUGUUUAAAGAGUUUUGCAGACCAGCUUGUUAUGUCGACGAACACUACUUCCAAACAAUGUUGAGCAUUGAAUCGCCAAAUCUUUUGGCAAACAGAAGCCUUACUUUUGUGGACUGGUCGAGGGGUGGUGCCCAUCCUGCUACAUUUGGGAAGUAUGAUAUCACAGAAGAGUUUUUCAAGAAACUUUUUGAAAGCAAGAGAUGUCUUUACAACGAUCAACCUUCUUCUCUUUGUUUCCUUUUUGCUAGAAAAUUUGCUCCAAGUGCUUUAGAUCGUUUGUUAGAAGUAGCUCAAAAAGUUAUGGGGUUUUGACAAAAUCUAGGCUUCAGAAAUGUUUCAAUUUUAUAGGUUCUAAUGGAAUUCAUCAUUAAUCUUA